CGCCUCGCUCCCUCCCUCUAUCUAUAGCCUGCCUCUUUUAUUAGCUUUUUUUUUUCGAGUAAGCUUUAUACACUUCUCAGCAUCCUCCGCUGAGUGUGUAGGUUAGAGCUGCAGCACCAGCAUCCACGGUUUAAGCCCCAGCUCUGAUCGGCAGCUAGCCCAGCCCCUCCUGUCUCCUGUCUCCUCUCUCUCCCUCCCCUCUCCCUCAGUGUCUCUUUCAUUUCUGGGCUAGUUGCUAGUUGACAGGCGACGUCUGGGGGUGUCGGAGGCUCACAGUUAGCUAGGGCGUUAGCCACAUGCAAACGGCAGCGCUGCUGCCCAUCAUUUCUAUUCUCUGGUAACCGGGGCUUCUUGUCUUCACCCCCUCCCCACGCCUCCUAUUUUGAUUUCAGGCUCUUUGGAGAUAGAGGAAUGCAAAUCUGCAACCAUGAUGGAAGGAUUGAAAAAACGUACCAGGAAGGCCUUUGGGAUACGGAAGAAAGAGAAGGACAAUGACUCCACGGGGUCCCCAGACAGAGACAGUGGUUCUCAGAAGAAGACCAACGGGGCCCCAAACGGCUUCUAUGAAGAUAUCGACUGGGAAAGAUAUAACUCUCCUGAGGUGGAUGAUGAAGGCUACAGCGUUCGACCUGAUGAGGAGUCCGAAGAGGGAGCGCCUACCAUCAAGAAACCCCACUUCUUUUCCUCUGACGAGUCGGAAGGAGAGGAGGACCACAAGAAGAAGUUCAAAAUCAAGAUCAAGCCGCUGCCGUCGGAUCGCGUGGCCUCAGUGCCCUCGGUGGACGAGCUCAAAGCCUCCAUAGGCAACAUUGCCCUGUCCCCGUCUCCGAUGAGGAGUCCGAGACGUAGCCCGGGUUUGAAAAGGAACCCUUCCAGUGAGGAGAUUGUCAGGCCGAGACGUGUUGUGCCUACUUUACCCAUAGUGGCCCCCACAUCAGCUCCAGCACUACAACCCCCCGGCACCCAAAAAACGGCAGCCUCUGAAGACCGCACAGACUUAUUUGGGCCUCCACUGGAAACAGCCUUUGGAGAACCGAAGACUGAAGUGGGUCUCUCUGAGUCUGAUCCUUGGGGGGCUCCUCUGUCAGAGCCUGAAUCCUCUUUGACAAGAUCCUUCCCCACAGGAACUCCACCUCCACUUCCCCCCAAGAAUGUCCCAACUUCCCCCCCAUCGACUGGCUCUCCGCCUGCAGAUGGCGCUGUUUCAGAGGAGUUAACAGAAGCUGACAGUUCCACCAGGAAGCCCUCAAUCGCUGACUUGGAUAACAUUUUUGGACCAGAAGAGCCUCCCCCUGCUGGCGAGGAGACUGGUGACACAUGGGUCUGCUUCAGUGCCGAAUCUUCCAAGCGGCCACAACUACCAGAGGAACCAGCGCCUGCCCUACCAGCCUCCCCGCCUCCACCUCAAUCUCCUGCCCCACCCUUACCUACAUCACCCCCUCCUUCAGAAGACCAUGCACCACCUCUCCUUGAAUCACCUCCCCCAAAGGAAGAACCUCUGCCUACUCUCCCAGCCUCCCCGUCAUCCUCAGAGGAGCCCACUGCCCCUCCCGCCCCUUCAUAUCCUCUUACCCCAGAGGUCCAAAGCCCUCUCUCACUUGCCACUUCUCCUCCCUGCGCACUUCCAAAAGAACUUGCAUCUCCUCCCGCUUCUUCCCCCCCUCCAAUUGACUCCUCCUCCAGCGUCCUAGUAGGCCCUGCUCCGAAAGCAAGCACCCCUCCUACCGAUGGACCAUCAACAUGCUCCACCCCUCCGCCUCUGAUGCCGUCUAAGGAGGAGCAGCCCAAGAACACAGACUUCACCGCAACCAAAGAGGAUGAAACCGUGCCCUUGUCCAGCGAGGCCAACCAGGGGAGCCAUAGUACACCUCCUCCACCUCCUCCCCCCACAUAUCGGGCGGUGGUGUCGUCACCAGGUCCCACAUCUGGAGCAGGUGGCUCAAAUAGUGGUUCCUCCUCGCCGGUGCGACCCGCCACUCCUUCUUCAGUCAACCCGACCCCACCACCGCCUCCCCCUCGCCCCCCUUCACGGCCCAAACUUCCUCCAGGCAAACCAGCCGUAGGAGAUGCAAAUCGUCCGUUCAGCCCGCCGGUCCACUCCGCCAGCCCCCCUCCCGUCGCCCCGUUGGCGCGGGCCGAGAGCACCUCUUCCAUCUCCUCCACCAACUCCUUGAGUGCCGCUACUACGCCCACCGUCAAUAAAGAGCUCUCCGUGUCCGUGUCAGAAGACGAUGCUUAUGUAGACAAACUGCCCACCUUUGAGAGACACUUUGAUUCGUUUGCAGAGAAUGACCAGCCAUCCCUUGUAUGGUUUGACAGAGGGAAGUUUUAUUUAACCUUUGAAGGCUGCUCCAGAGGGCCCAGUCCUCUCACCAUGGGGGCUCAGGACACUCUUCCUGUGGCAGCCGCCUUUACAGAGACGGUCAACGCCUUCUUUAAAGGAGCUGACCCGAGCAAGUGUGUUGUGAAGGUCAUAGGUGAGAUGGUUUUGUCGUUUCCAGCGGGCAUCACGCGGCACUUUGCCAAUAACCCGUCCCCCGCCGUGCUAACUUUCAGCAUAACCAACUACAGCCGACUGGAGCAUGUGCUGCCUAACCCCCAGCUGCUGUGCUGCGACACCACCACGCAAGCCAAGGCAGACGCCAAGGACUUCUGGGUGAACAUGCCAAACCUGAUAUCCCAUUUGAAGAAGGUGUCAGAGCAGAAGCCUCAGGCGACCUACUACAACGUGGACAUGCUCAAGUAUCAGGUGUCAACGGAGGGGCAUCAGUCGAUUCCUUUGAAUCUAGCGGUGAGCUGGAGAUGUGAGCCCACCAGCACUGACCUGAGGAUAGACUACAAAUACAACGGGAAGGCCAUGACGACACCGAUGGCCCUCAACAACGUCCAGUUCCUCGUCCCGGUCAACGGAGGGGUUUCAAAACUACAGGCUGUUUUACCUCCUGCUGCAUGGAAUGCUGAGCAGCAACGCAUUCUAUGGAAAAUUCCUGAUAUCUCACAGAAAUCUGAAAACGGAGGCGUGGGGUCGUUGUUAGCACGCUUCCAGCUGACCGAAGGCCCCAGUAAGCCGGCUGCCCUCGCGCUGCAGUUCACCAGCGAGGGCAGCACCCUGUCGGGCUGCGACGUUGAACUGGCGGGGCCAGGAUACCGCUUCUCUCUCAUCAAGAAGAGGUUUGCCGCAGGAAAAUACCUGGCCGACAACUAACCCAUACUACUGAAAACAGCACUGUACAAAAUCACUGGACUGGAGUUGACACAGAGGACACCCUGGCAGUAGACUUUCCAUUAACCGUUCAACCUUUCCUGAACCCUCAUGACGGGUCCGCAGCCUCGCCAGCAGUAUUGUAUAACUUGCAUAUAGCGUCGUGGAAACUGUUCUAGGUCAUGUAAUGAUGGUAUUUGUAUUAAUUUCAUAACAUCUGUAUUGCUGCAGUUAGACACCUGGGUUAUUCCCCCCCUCUGAAGUCUGUGCCUCUGUCCCAAUCCUCCUCCGCUCAAUGUGUGCUGGUGUUGUUUUAAAGUUUUCACUGCAGCUGCCUGACAUAAGACGGACAGAUCUGGGCCAGAUUUUGAAGUCCGGGUGACAGGCUGCUUGUUGCCAAGAGUCCAGGAAGAUUUUUCUGUAAAAAAAACCCAUUUCCCCCCUAACCAACAUCUUUGUGGUCAGACACUCACCUCAACCUCUGACACAAAGUCCGACUUCCCAAAGUUGAUAAAAAAAGUACUUAAAAGUAGUUUAAGUUGAAGCAAGGCGUAGGAUACUAGAUGAUAUGCCCUACACGUUCAUUAGCAGAGUUCACAUUCUGAGACACUGACGUUGGCCUACUGCGCGUCUUCUGCCAUAAAGUAAGUUCAUUUACUCAUGCAUAUCGACCCACGUUGCUCCAGUUGGUUAAAAGGAAAAUGGUGUUUCCUGUUUGUGCUUGAAACACAUCAUUAUGCAUCACCUGCCGGUACUACAGGGUCACACGACCUUGGAUCGCAUCCUUUUUAAUUUAAAUGCACUGAUCAGUCAAUCAAACUGUUAUUUUAUUCCUCUGGAAUACCCAAGCAUGCAGAGAUUUUUACCUUGUUAGGCAGCUGCAAUGAUGAAUCAAUUUACUGGUUGAAGAAUAAGAUCAUCGGUUUUCUGUCAGAACAAAAAUUAGUGUACAAAGUGUCAUUUUAAAUCAAUAAUAUAUAUCUUAAAGGGCGUUUGGUGUUUUCCUCGUAUUGUCCGAUAGCCUUUCUGUUGUUCCCAGGACAGCAGUGAUAGACUCCAGAGUACAUCACAGCAUUCUAUUUUUAUUUAUUGAUGACAAUGAUUUGUUGUAUAAAACGUGAUUCUGUGUACGAAUAGAAUUUGAAUGGUAUCACACAUCUCAGAACCCCUAAAGGUAUAAAUAUUGGAAAUCUUUUUUUGUUAUUGGUGUAGUUGGGUAACCUGUGUACAGUAAAAGGUAUAAUUUUUGAAUUCAUUUCAGAUAUAAUUUUUUUUAACUCGAGUGCAACCGAAGAUUCCAGAUAUAUAUAUGGGUGAGGGAGGUAAUUUAAAGAGAAAGGUAAAUAUCUUCCAGGAUGUUGUGCUUAUGCUUUGUGAAAGCAGUGUUAAUGUAGAGUUCGUUACACCAUGGUCAAGGGUCUCACUUUAAAGAGACAGUUGGACACUGUGGGGAUUAUUAGUUUUCUUUUUUCACGAGUUAACGCCACUCAUAUUUGCCUGUUCGACAUGAGGUUGCAGCCAGGGUUUGGUUACCUUGGCAUAAACACUGGAAACAGCUAGCCUGUUUUUUUUGGGGGGGGGGGGUGUAUCAAGAUGCCACAUUCUUUUCCGACUUUGGCGGUCACCGCACUGUUCCUACAGCACCGCCAUCACCCCAAAUGUAUUCUGGACUAUGACUCUGCUGUACCGCGUACUUUAUUGCUAGUCUGCAAAGGUCAACCGGCUAACGUGCUAAACUAAGGUGAUGUUACGUUAUUCCAGCUGAACAUUUCAGAGGAGAAAAGUUCGUAUUAAGCUUAAAGCGCUGCUGUUAGCACAACCUUUGGGCAAAGCGGGAAGAACUGCUUCCCCCAGUGUCUGGUCUUCAUGCCAAGCUAAGCCAAUCAUCUUGGGACUCCAGUUUAUCAUUUUACAUUUUACCCUGCAAGAUAGUGAAUCAGCGUAUUUCCCAAACAGUUUUUCCUUUUCCUUUUAAUAAGGUAAAGAUAAUUACAAAAGCAAUCAAUUUUUCUCAUCAACUGUUAUGACAUUUGUGGUACCAGUACAGGAACAGGAUUUCUUUACUGGGACCAGCACAUUUUAUUUUUUAUUUUGCAAAGCUCAUUAGAAACGCUUGUAUUAAUACAACAUUCUAAUGUCCAGUUAUUCCUCAAUGUUUCCCUUCACCUCGGGGAACCUAACCUCCCUGAUUAUAUCAUGAAUGCCCCCCUCAUCAUCCAACCUGCGCUUGAAUCCAUGGCUUUAUUUUGCAUAAUUGUAAUGGUCUCUGUGAGAUGACAUGAGUUGAAUGAGGUUGUGGAGCGAGGUUAAGUUGACCAAAAUGCUUUGUUUUCUCUCUCUCUUUUGUAUUUUAUGUGCGUGUACCCUGGACAGUCAGUCCUCAGUUAAGAAUAAGCUGAAUAUUUUUUAAACGGAUAAAAAUGAAAAAAUAUAUUGUUCAAUGUGUAACACUGUGCUGAUGAUGUUGAACUUCCUAAAUGCUCUGACACUCAACACAAAGAACAAAAAGUGUGUGUGUGUGUGUGUGUGUGUGACGUGUAGCCGAAGAUCUCCCUACUGUACUUACUGUAUGUCGGCAUUCUGCUAAAUGCAGCCAAUCGUGGUCCUUUCAGAGCCCACAUAGAAGCAUUCAAGGCUGAAUUUAGAACAAGAGGACUAUUCGCAACAUGUCAACACUAUUCUAAGUGAUAGAGUAGAUGGAGCUUUUGAAUUGAUCAGAAGUCUCCUGUUUUUGAUCAGAUUUGUUCCUUUGCAGACUCGAGUCUAAAAGAGCACUGUGGUUUUCUCUGACUUUGCUUUCAACCCAUGAACGCAAGGUGACCAUGAUUGGGGCCCUUCAGCUCCUGCAUUAUUCUGGGAACACUUUGUUCUGUCAUCUCAGUCCAUCCGGUUGAGCGGCUGGAUCGACUUGCCUGACAGGAAGCUGUAACCUUGGUGAAACUUGAAGCUAUCGGUGCAACCGUCACUACAGCAUUAUCUACAGCGGCCCAGGUAACCCUAAACCACCAUCUGUUCUAAAAUACUACACCACAAAUAACACGCCUUUGCAUCUGUUAAAAGAUGGGUACGGGUGCAACGCUUUUACCGAUCUUUAUCUCUGUGGUGAAUUUGUCCGGCAGUAAUUCAUCAUUGCAUGCAGAUGAUGGAGUAAACGUUGGGGCAUCCAUGACGAUCGAUAGUACUGUAUUGGCGUGUUGUGCCGGGUGUCGGUUACCUGUAUUAAUGUUGAGAAGCGAGUAGGGAGUGUGUUUAUGUUGUGCUAUAAGCCAGAAUGCUUUUUGGUUCUGUCCCCGUUCACCUCAAAACAUGUGUGCAAGCUGUUUGUACAAUACAUAACAAUGCUAAGAUGAACUGAGACACUUAGUUUGCUUCUGUCCAAAUCCAAUAAAAGUUAUAACUGGAA